CACUUGUAGGAGAAAAUAUCAGCUACAGGCUAACACUUAUCUGAUCAGAUAUUUCACCAGCUUGAUUGACACCUGCAGCGCAGUCGCAACUCCACUGAGAGCAUCACGGACUCCCGAGUGAGCAUGCUCUCACAGGCUCUUCUACCACUCACCGAGGAGCGGCUUUAUAUCUUUGAGGGCACAGAGCGCACUGGGCUGCUCACAGAGUGAAACAAAAUGCUUAUGCUGUAAAGAAUGUAACUAUCUAAAAAGGAUAUCUGGAAUCACUCAAAGAGUAAGAAGGGAUUUAUGUUGCAGGCUGCUUCAGAUGCACUUUACUUGGGAAGCAGGCACUUCGUAAUACUUCUUAACUUGGACAUACUUUGAAUCUUACCGAUGGAUUUCUUUAACGAGUCAAAUUUUUCCCUCAGAGACACAAAUUCAACAACAGCAGCUGCAGAUGGGGCCCUUCAUUGCAGUGCCAUCCUUCCCAUCAUCUUUGGCAUCAUCUGCUUUCUGGGUAUUAUGGGGAACUUUAUUGUUAUCUACACCAUCAUGAAGAAGACCAAGUGCCGUGCCAAGCAAACUGUUCCAGAUAUCUUUAUCUUAAAUUUGUCAAUUGUUGAUCUCCUGUUUCUCCUUGGGAUGCCAUUCCUCAUCCACCAGUUGCUGGGCAACGGUACCUGGCAUUUUGGAGCCGUAAUGUGUACGGUCAUCACUGCUCUUGACUCUAAUAGCCAGAUUGUCAGUACUUACAUUCUCACCUCAAUGACCCUCGACCGUUACUUGGCUACAGUCCAUCCUAUCCGCUUCAACUACAUCCGCACACCUUGUGUGGCAGCGCUGGUCAUUGGCCUGGUGUGGGGUCUGUCCUUACUCACCAUCAUCCCUGUGUGGAUGUACGCAGGCCUGAUGCCUCUCCCAGAUGGCCUGGUGGCCUGUGCUCUCCUUCUGCCUGACCCAGUCACUGACACAUACUGGUUUACGCUUUACCAGUUCUUCUUGGCAUUUGCGAUACCUUUGGCCAUCAUCUGCCUGGUGUUCUUCAAGAUCCUUCAGCACAUGUCCACCAGCGUGGCACCACUGCCUCCACGGAGUUUGAGGGUGCGCACCAGGAAGGUGACCCGGAUGGCAGUGGCUAUCUGCCUGGCUUUCUUCAUCUGCUGGGCCCCUUACUACAUCCUUCAGCUGGUCCACCUAGGGGUACAGAAGCCAAGCCUAGCUUUCUCCUAUGCCUACAACAUAGCCAUUAGCAUGGGCUACGCUAACAGUUGCAUCAACCCAUUUCUCUACAUUAUCCUCAGUGAGACCUUCAAGAGGCAGUUUCUCAGGGCCGUACGGCCGGUUAAUAGAAAGUUCCGUGUGAACCCGAGUACCACCGAUGGCGGCAGUGUGAGUGUCAGAAUGGUACCUGAAGGGGCUCAGCAGGAACCAGCCUCUGGGGAGAUGAUACCAUCCAAUGUGGCCCCACAAUGAAUACGAUAAAUAUUAAAAUAACUUUAUCAAUGUCUAUCUGUGCAACUGAUAAGCACUAUGAAUGGGACAUUACCACAAGAACACAUAUACUUAUUGUUUUGUUCAGCUGAAUGUAUUCCCAUGUCUGACAAUCAUGUGAUCUUCCCUUUGAAGAACAUUUAUUCCAACAAUUAUACUGCUGGACUGUGUUUAAGACCAAUUAAGAGAGUGAAGCAGACUGGGUAGUUUCUCAGUACUAAAAGGUGUGUUCAGAUUAGAUGCUGUGACUGUUUCUUGACAGCAAACAGCCAGUGGACCUGACAGUACAGACAUUUGCAGCUAGCUAACAACAUGCGUUAACUCCAUGAGCUCCAGAUGAUACUGUUACAUUCCUCCAGGCCACCUCCUCUCUGCACUAGUCUCUGAACAUUCAUGAGGUACAUUUAUAUAGCUUGGGUAAUCUCACAUUUAUGUUAAAGGGGAGAAACUUUCAACCUGUGCGGACAUGUCUACCUCAAUUCAUGCCAGCUGCAGUGAAUCCACAUCUUUGCAUUGACUUUGUAAAAUAUAUGUGUAGGCUAUGUAUAUAUGUAUUUAAAUAACUGUAUAUAUUGUUUAAUUUAAUUUAAUUGUAUUCAAAUUUAUUUUAUGUUAUGUUAUUUUAAUAUAAAUGUAAGUAUAUGUUAUGAUCUAUCUGUGUUGCAUGAAGGGACUACAAACUUUCAUUUCAUUGUACAACCUCGUGUUGUAAAAUAAAUUACAUUGUACCUUGUAACUAGGCAACAAACAGUAGAGACGCUGUCUUUUGUUUUUGUUUCUCUGUAUAUCUUUUUCAGCAGUGCUUUUAGUUAAUUUAGCAUUUGGUUAUUUUAUAUGUUUUUGGUUCUACUUGUCUGUUUGCUUGUUUGUUAUCAGGCUCUCUCAAAAACACGUUUACAGAGUUCAAUGAAAUGUGGACUAAAGUUAGGCCAUGGGCUAAGGGACAAGUGAGAAGUCUCUGGUGGGCCUAGUAGCAUAAUUUGGCAAAUUACAAAGCAGUCACUUCAAGGAAUUUGCAAUGUUAUGAUCACAAUCCAUCCAAUUUUUGCAUUGAGAGUUGUAGUGUUUCCUCCUACAACAUCUUGAAUGAGUAAAAUGGUUGCUUUUCAGCAGUGAAAGUUGCUGCAAUUUCAGUAUCGAUUCAGUCUGAAAUUCAAAGCCACAAAUAUAAGUGAAGGCUUGUGUUCUGGAUAAGCUGAUAUGUCAAAUCCAUAAAAGAGUGCCAUAUUGCCAGUGAGGUAUUGUCAAUGUUAUUGUAUUGAUAUUAAGUUAUAUUAUAAUUUGGUAUGUACAAUUAUGGUGGUGAUUUAUAUGUUUGGAAGGGUUAUUCACUGACUAUGAAACUCAGGGUUUUUCAGCCUUUUCUGGUCUGUGACCCACUUUUCAGAGUAUUGAUGCCAGCAAUUAGAGUUGUCAAGUUGUCAUCAGAAUAACUUACUUUUGUGUUGUAUUUUUAAGAGGGUAGAGAAAGCUCCGAAUGGAUUGUACACAGAAAUUAUGAUAUAGUUUAACCCUUUCUUUAAUUAGGAACAUAACAAAUGUGCUGUUUGUCAGUCUUAGAAAUCCCCCAUGACCCCACCUGCUUAUCAAAUCACACCCUGUAGGGUCCUGACACCAAGGAUGAGAAACUCUGGUUGUUCCUGUCCAUUAUUAUUAUAAAAAAACAAGCAACUUUAGCUUAAUUGUUGACAAAACAAUAAGUUGUGGUCUACUCUAUCUGUACUGUUGUGAGCAUUGACAGCUUAAUGAAUCAAUAUGUAUAGUGUGACAGAAAUAUUUAAAACUUGUAUGAAACUAAACUGUUAAACUGGA